GAGUAUCUGACAUAAUAACAUGCCCUGGCUGACAGGAACCCCAGCACCUCCAAGGAGUGGAAGAAGGGGCAAAUCCCAGAGCAGCGAGGAAGGCUUUGUGGGCUGCAAACCAACACUAACGUGGCUGAGUACUGGAGUGGGAUCAUCUGACAACAUCUGGGUGAUGGAAGGAAUCAGAACAAGUGAAAAUACAGCAAGAAGAGAGCACAGGAGGUUCCUGGCUCACAAGAGGGAUGUGCUCCCAGGAAGCAAAGCCAAUGGCACAGUCAGACCCAGACACAGCUGAGGAGAAGAGAAGCCUUUGGAGCAGCCCAGGUGUGGCUUUUUACAUCAAAAUCAGAACCCAAGAGAAACCCACCCCCAGCUAAGGCACUGCAAGCUCCUGUUUCUGUGUUGCCCCUGCAACAGCAAAGCAAGAAGCCCUGCCAAAACCUCACUAAGAUGUUGUGCUACCAUCAGCAGUCCUUUCCUCCUCUCCACCAAGAGCGCAUCCCCAUUAAGUGCCCCCAAACGUACCCUAUGAUGCACAGCUGGCAAUCACCACUGUGCACCCCUCAGUACGUGAGUCCCUGCGUUCCCCGGCAGCGGUUUCUGUCCUCCAGCUUCUCCCAGCAGCAGUGUGUGACCCAGUGCAUACCGCGGCAGCAGUAUGCAACCAAGUGCGUGCAACAGCAUGUGACCCAGCACAUCCCACCUGCCAGGUGUGUGACAACCUGUGUGCCUCAGCAGUCGUGUGCCACCCAGGGCACGUCGCAAGAGCCUUGUGUGACCAAGUGCAUGCCCCAGCAGCAGUGUGCAAGCAAGUGCAUCCCACAACAGCAAUGUGCAACCAAGUGCAUCCCGCAGCAGCAGCAUGCAGCCCGGUGCGUGACCACAUGCAUGCCUCAGCAGCCAUUCCUGACCAAGGGAAUCCCCCAGCAGCACAGCGCGACCGUGUGCAUCCCGCAGCACUGUGUGACCACAUACACCCCGCACCAGCAGAGCACGACCAGGUGUGUGACCACGUGCAUACCCCAGCAGCAUGCCACCAGGUGUGUCUCGCAGCGCUAUGUGACCGCUUGUGCCCCGCAGCAGUGUGCCACCAAGUGCAUCCCGCAGCAGCAGUGUGCAACCAGGUGUGUGACCACGUGUGUGCCGCAGCCAUGUCAGACGAAGGGUGCAAGCAUUUGUGUCCCGCAGCAACAGCAGCAAUGUGUCACCAAGUGUGUCCCGCAGCAGCAAUGUGUCACCAAGGGCGUCCCGCAGCAUCAGUGUGCCACCAAGGGCAUCCCCCAACAGCAUCAGUGUGCCACCAAGGGCAUCCCGCAGCAUCAGUGUGCCGCCAAGGGUAUCCCUCAACAACAGCAAUGUGUCACCAAGUGCGUCCCACAACAGCAGCAGUGUGCUACCAAGUGUGUCCCACAGCAGUGUGCCACCAAGGGCUUCCCUCAACAACAGCAAUGUGUCACCAAGGGCGUCCCACAGCAGCAGCAAUGUGUCACCAAGGGCGUCCCGCAGCAGUGUGGCACCAAGUGCAUCCCACAACAGCAGCAGUGUGCCACUAAGGGCAUCUCGCAGCAAUGUGCCACCAAGUCUGUGCCGCAGCAGUGUGCCACCAAGGGCAUCCCUCAACAACAGCAGUGUGCCACCAAGUGUGUCCCACAGCAAUGUGCCACCAAGAGCAGUGCACAGCAGCAGCAGUGUGCCACCAAGUGUGUCCCACAGCAGUGUGCCACCAAGGGCAUCCCACAGCAAAGUGUGACCCAGUGUGUCCCACAGCAGCAGUAUCAGUCAGGUGGAGUAAAAAUUUCAAGUCAUGCUAAGAAGUACUGCUCUGCAUCCAAAUGGCCCUGGUAAAGAGGAGCAGGGGAAAGGAGGGUCCAUGGAAAACCAGUGAGGUAUGGCUUUGGGGCAGAGCUGUUUAUCUCCUUGUAUCACAUGCCGACCUGUUGCUAUUGCUUAAUUCUGCUUUAUCUCUGUUUUCCAGUCCUUUCCCUGUAGCUCAGCUCUAUUUUGGGCCAAGGUGCAAUAUCAUUUCCAUGGCUGCAUUCCAGAUAUCUGUGGCUUGUUCCUUAGUCUGCUGCAAGAAGUAGUUUAGUGGGAUGUUACUAAAUUCUCACCUCAUUGAAAGGAAUAGAUUUAAAAGGGGG